AUGAAAUCAACCUUAGUUGUUUUACUCAUAGUAGUGGCCUCUGCUUCGACAGUUGCAGACAUCACAUAGAGAUUAUCCAAUUAUGCUGAUCAUCCCUUUGGAUCUUCAAUGAUCAAUUUGGUGAGUGUCAACAUGAAGACAGGGGGAUCUCUCAAUGAACUCAAACAACUGUUAUAGUAAAUUAAGGAUGAAUUAAUUGCACUCACCUAAUUGUAAGACCAAGAGAGUGCAACCUUUACCAGAAGAUCAUAAGUUGAUUUAGCCAAACUUCAAGCCACUUUGGAAUAAGCACAAUCAGACCUUGAUAAUUAGAGACAAGAAUAAGCCAGUCUCACCAAUGAAUUAACUACACUCUAAACUAGAGUUAAAGAAGAUUAAGCUGCAUUAGACAGAAAUAGCAGAGGCUCCAAUGAUGCUUAAGCUAGAUUAGAUUCAGAAAAUGCAGAUUUCGGUACAAAAUUCUAAGAUUACAGUGAUGCCAUAUUAGCAUGCAAAGAAGCUUAGAGAUUGUUAUUAAAUUUAAGAGGAGAAGGAGCUUCCCUUAUUUAAUUGACGUAAUUAUUAUGAUUAUCAACUUAGACAAGACACCAAAUCUAAUUUAAUUUAAACCAAAGAGAACUUCCAGAAAAUCAAGGAGAUUCUUGAAGCUCACACCAAGAAGAGUUCUCUCACCUUGUUUUAACCCAUCAUUGAAGGAUUAGCAGAAAUGACUACCAAGGUUAAUCCUGAGACUUUGAACAAUGUUCUUAGUCUUGUUGCUAGAUUGAUUACUGCAUUACAGGAAGGCUAAGAUCAAUUGGAAUCCAAUCACAAGACUCAAGUCGAUAAUCUCAGUAGAUUGGGGGACGACCUGAGAAAUGAAAAGCAAACCUUACAGGUGUCUUUGGCCACUGCCAAUAAUAGAUUGAAGGAGAUUUAAUCAAGAUUAAAUGAAUUGGAUGGAUUGAUUAAUAUUUCAAAUGCCAUCGUUGAGGUGACUUAACUCAACAUUCAAGAUGCCACCAGAAUCAAUGAAUUAGAAGAUCAAGAAUAUAGCAAUCAAAAAGUUAGCAGGUAUCAUGUUAUAUUAAAUAACUAGAUAAACUGAGAUUGACAUCGUUGAUAGAUUAAUAGAAUAUAUUAACCAAAAACUAUCGGAAUGAUUUAUACAUAUAAUAUGCAUUAUAUUUAUUUAAAU